AUGGCGGCCCAUAUGGGGACAGAUGCCAGACGGUUAAGUGUAGCUUGGCGUGCGCUCCAUACCCAUACAAACCCGUCCCUACCCCCCNCCCGCCCCCCCGCCAAGUACUUAGACAUCUACCAGCGGGCGGGCGCACCUCACGCCCCGCCAGCCGCAGCAAAUCCCCUCGCGUGUGGCUUUGAGUCUGGUUUCUGUGGCUGGGAGCCAUUUCUCACAGAAGAUUCACGAUGGGAAGUCAUGAAAGGAUUGGCCAGUGGAGAGAACCACCUUCGUGAUGUUGAUCACACAGCAAACACAAGUCGCGGAUCAUUCAUUUAUUUCAGGUCCCAUCAAUCUCCAGGAGUGGCCAAGCUUGGAAGUCCUAUUCUUACAAAAGCACUCACUGCCUCUACCCCAUGUCAGGUGCAAUUUUGGUAUCAUUUGUCGCGGCAUGCACGUCUCUCGGUUUUUACAAGAACAUCACUGGAUGGGGAUUCGCAAAAGCAAGGUGAUCUAAUUGGAAUUGCCAAAUCUCAGUGGAAACAAGCAAAAAUCAAUCUCUUUGUGAAGGCUGGAGAAUCUACUCUACCUUUUCAGCUGAUUUUGGAAGCUACUGUUUUAUCAUCAGACGCUACUGUUGCUCUAGAUGACAUCAGUAUAUCCGAGGAAUGUGAAAUUUCCAACAAGUCGCUUCCCAGUACCAGCAGACCAAAGAAAGGAGAAGAGUAUGUUUUACCCUCUGCAUCUCUUCAUUUUGAAGCUGGAUUUAUGUCACGUGAGGAUGCAGGCUAUAUUUCAUCCAGCAAAUUCUGUGAUUUUCCAUCUGACUGCCCAAAUGGAACAGAUGAAGCCAAUUGUGUUUCCAAGUGUGACUUUGAAGCAAAUAGCUGUGGUUGGUUUGAAGCAAUUAGUGGUGACAAUUUUGACUGGGUCUGGAACUCCAGAAGUAACCUUUCGGCUGAAUUUGAGCAACAGGCUCCACCUUGGGAUCAUACUCACAACACAGCUCAAGGGCAUUUUAUGUUCAUUCUGAAGAAAAGCAGAAGCUUGUCCCAAGUUGCCAAACUCCAGAGCCCAACUUAUAGCCAGGCGGGACCUGGAUGCACGCUUUCCUUCUGGUUUUAUAACUAUGGUCUCUCAGUGGGAGCUGCUGAGCUACAGCUGCACGUGGAAAAUUCCAGUGACCCUACAGUACUCUGGAGAGUAUUGUAUAACCAGGGCAACCAGUGGUCCCAGGCGACUGUUCAGCUUGGACGCCUUACUCAGCCCUUCCAUUUGUCCCUAGAUAAAGUCAGUCUUGGCAUUUAUGAUGGAGUCUCAGCUAUCGAUGACAUCAGAUUUGAAAAUUGCAGUCUCCCCCUUCCUGUGGAGAGCUGCAAAGAGCCGGAUUUUUUCUGGUGUCGACACAGCAAGGCUUGCAUAGACAAGCUUCUGUUAUGUGACCUGGUGGAUGAUUGUGGUGAUCGGACUGAUGAGGAUGACUGUGUACCUGAACUCCAGUGUAAUUUUGAAAGUGGAAUUUGUAACUGGGAGCAAGAUACAGAAGAUGACUUUGAUUGGACCAGGAAGCACGGUCCAACUUCAACACUUAAUACAGGGCCAAUGAAGGAUAAUACUUUGGGCACAGCUGAAGGACACUAUCUCUACAUAGAAUCUUCGGAGCCACAGGUUUUCCAAAACAGAGCUGCUUUACUCAGCCCUAUCCUCAACACCACCCAUGCAAAGGGCUGUACCUUCCGCUUCUAUUACCACAUGUUUGGAAAGCACAUUUAUAGGCUGGCCAUCUACCAGCGAAUCUGGAGUAACACGAGAGGACAGCUGCUGUGGCAGAUAUUUGGGAAUCAAGGCAACAGAUGGAUAAGGAAACACCUCAGUGUUUCUAGCAGGCAGCCUUUUCAGAUUUUGGUGGAGGCUUCAGUAGGAGAUGGCUUCACUGGAGACAUUGCAAUCGAUGAUUUGUCAUUCAUAGACUGUUCCCUCUACCCUGGUAAUUUGCCAGUGGACCUCCCAACUCCACCAGAAAUGUCAGCUCCAGUAACAUUACCUCCACACAACUGUACAGAUGAUGAAUUUGUUUGCAGGUCCGAUGGUCACUGUGUUGAAAAAAUCCAGAAAUGUGAUUUUAGAUAUGACUGUCCUGACCAGUCAGAUGAAUUGUUCUGUGCUACGAAUGUUUGCAGCUUUGAAAAAGGAAGCCUGUGUCAAUGGUACCAGCCAAUCUCAGAAAACCUAAUUCAAGAUUCAAACACGUUCAGAUGGAGACUUGGUAAUGGAAUUAGUAUUCAUCAUGGGGAAGAAAAUCGUAGGCCGUCAGUGGAUCAUACAACAAAUACCACAGAUGGCUGGUACCUGUAUGCUGAUAGUUCAAAUGGAAGAUUUGGUGACACGGCUGAUAUACUCACUCCUCUUAUUUCACGCAUGGGCCCAAAAUGUACCCUGGUGUUCUGGACUCAUAUGAAUGGUGUCACAGUUGGUUCUCUCCAGGUACUCAGCAAGAAAGACAAUGUUACUUCUAAAUUGUGGGCUCAAAGAGGACAGCAAGGUGCACAGUGGAAGAAAGUGGAAGUGUUUUUAGGCGUUCAAUCACAUAUACAGAUUAUCUUUAGGGCAAAACGUGGCAUCAGUUACAUGGGAGAUGUAGCCGUGGACGAUAUUUCCUUUCAAGAUUGUCCCCCCCUACUUAGUCCAGACAGGAAGUGUACUGCUGAAGAAUUCACGUGUGCGAACAAGCAAUGCAUCACGAAGGACAAGCUGUGUGAUUUUGUGGAUGAUUGUGCUGAUAAUUCAGAUGAGUCUACCUUCAUUUGCAGUACCUCCAGUGUGCGCUGUGAUUUUGAAUUUGACCUUUGUUCUUGGGAGCAGGAGCAGGACGAUGACUUUGACUGGAAUCUGAAAGCUAGCAGCAUCCCUGCUAUAGGCACAGAGCCAGUCGCUGAUCACACCUUAAGAAACUCCUCCGGUCAAUACAUCUUCAUAAAGAGCUUCUUUCCUCAGCAGCCCAUGAGAGCAGCCAGAAUUUCAAGCCCAGUCAUAAGUAGAAAAAGCAAAAACUGCAAGAUAAUUUUUCAUUAUCACAUGUAUGGAAAUGGCAUUGGGGCACUCACCUUGAUCCAGGUAUCAGUCUCAAACCAAACAAAGGUCCUACUUAACCUCACUGUAGAACAAGGCAAUUUCUGGCAGCGGAAAGAACUAUCACUGUCAGGCGAUGAGGACUUCCAACUCAAAUUUGAAGGUAGAGUUGGUAAAGGACACCGUGGUGAUAUUGCCCUGGAUGACAUUGUGCUUACGAAGGGUUGUCUAAUAUCCCAUUACUCCAUCAAAGAAGAACUCACAGCGCCUCUUCCAACAGGUUCCUGCCCCCCUGGCUAUCGGGAAUGUCAGAAUGGCCAAUGUUAUCAACCAGAGCAAAGCUGUAAUUUUGUAGAUGACUGUGGAGAUGAUACGGAUGAAAAUGAAUGUGGCACUUCCUGUACUUUUGAGAACGGCUGGUGUGGCUGGCAAAACUCCCUGGCUGAAAACUUUGACUGGGCUUUGGGAAAUGGCUCUCAUCAGAGCCUAAGACCUCCCAAAGACCACACACUUGGAAACAAAAAUGGGCACUUCUUGUAUCUGGAGGCUACUCCAGUGGGCCUUCGGGGCGAGGAAGCACACCUCAAGAGUGCCAUGUGGCAAGAAUCCAGCGCUGCCUGCACCCUUAGCUUCUGGUAUUUCAUAUCUGCAAGAGCCACGGGGGCCUUUCAGAUCCUCAUUAAGACAGAGAAAGGACUAACAAAAGUAUGGCAAGAAAGUGAGCAGAACUCUGGUGAUCAUUGGCAAAGGGCUGUCAUCCUGCUAGGAAAGCUAAGGAAUUUUGAAGUCAUAUUCCAGGGUAUCAGAACAAGGGAUCUGGGAGGAGGAGCUGCAAUUGAUGACAUUGAAUUUAAAAACUGCAUGACUGUGGGAGAGACUUCUGAGAGUUGCCCAGAAGCCACUGAUUUUUUGUGCCACGACAAGAAGUGUGUUGCUUCCCACCUUGUCUGUGACUAUAAGCCGGACUGCUCCGACAGGUCUGACGAGGCUCACUGUGGCCAUUAUACAAGCACAGCAGGAAGUUGCAAUUUUGAAACCACUUCAGGAAACUGGACCACAGCCUGCGGUCUUACUCAAGAUGACUUGGGCUGGGCCAUCGGCACCAGAAUUCCUGUGGAAGCAUUGAAUCCAGACUUUGAUCACACCCCAGGGAACGGCCAGCACUUCCUGUAUAUCAACUCGUCUAGACCCCAAGAAGGACACACGGCAAGAAUCUCUACUUCCCAGUACUUUCCAGCAAGCCUCGGAAUGUGUACCGUUCGGUUCUGGUUCUACAUGGUUGAUCCCAGGAGUAUGGGGGUAUUAAAGGUAUAUACCAUUGAGGAAUCUGGGCUAAACAUCCUCGUGUGGUCAGUGAUUGGAAACAAAAGAACCGGUUGGAUGUAUGGACAUGUACCUCUCUCCAGUAACAGUGCAUUUAAAGUGGCAUUUGAAGCUGAUUUGGCUGGAGAGGAGGACAUCUUUAUUGCCCUUGAUGACAUCACUUUCACCCCAGAAUGUGUCUUUGGAGGUCCUGUGGCACCCCAGCCAUCGCCCUGUGAAGCCGAUCAAUUUUCUUGUAUCUACACACUCCAGUGUGUCCCUCUCUUGGGGAAAUGUAACGGACAGGAAGAUUGCAUAGACGGCUCUGAUGAGAUGGCUUGUGCGCUCAGCCCCCCUCCUCAGCACUGUGGUAAAAUGGAGUUCCAGUGCUGGAGCAACGAGUGCAUCCCGUCCCUCCUGCUGUGUGAUGGAGUGCCCGACUGUCACUUUAAUGAAGAUGAAGCUGGCUGCCCCAACGGGAGCUGUUCUGACGGUGCGUUGAUGUGCACUUCCUCUAACAGCUGUAUCCCAGUUCACGAGCGCUGUGAUGGUUUGGCCAACUGCAUGGAUUUCCAGCUUGAUGAGUCCAGCUGCUCAGAGUGUCCAUUAGGUUACUGCAGAAAUGGUGGCAAUUGUGUAGUGGAGAAGAACGGACCUGUGUGUCGAUGUGGACAAGGAUGGAAAGGAAAUCGAUGCCACAUCAAGGUUAACCCUUCCCCAGCAGAUUUCACAUACACUCAGAAUAAUAUAUGGACUCUCCUGGGCAUUGGAUUAGCUUUCCUGAUGAUUCAUAUUGCAGUCACCGUUGUGUGUUUUCUUGCAAACAGAAAAGUACCAGCCAGGAAAGCUAAAGGAACCGUUAACUGUGCAUUUGUUAAUCCGGUUUAUGGGAACUGGAGUGACCCAGAGAAAACAGAGAGUUCUGUAUACUCCUUCUCAAAUCCGUUAUAUGGCACAAGAACAGGAUGCCUGGAGACCAUAUCUAAUCAUCUGAAAUAGUACCAUCCAAAUCAAGUAUGAUUUAGGGUAUGUAGUUUAUAGAAAAUCCUAUAGAAACCUGAUAGAAGACUCAUCUUAUGCAAUAGUAAAAACAGAAGGGAUUCAGAAUCCUAGUGUAAUUAUUACAUUUACAAAUAAAUUUUCUUACUGAAUAUGUUAAAUGUUUCCAUGGAAUCUGAAUCAAAGAACCUUAUCUUCUUUGUAUUUUGAAUAUUUUAAUAAAAUGUUCUACUUGA